AAGUGACCAAAUGUUGAUGCAAAUGUUAAGUGUUACACUUGUUUCACAUGUUUUUCUUUAAAUUUUCAGAGAGUUAAAAGAAUGGAAAAGACCAUCAACCAAACUUCAGUGAUGUCUUUUCGGCUUAGAGGCUUAUCUGUAAAUCCAAAGGUACAGAUGGUUGUGUUUUUCAUGUUCCUCACGUUCUAUGUCCUGACACUGGUUGGUAACAUCCUCAUUGUCAUAACCAUCAUAUACGACCGCCGGCUCCAUACACCCAUGUAUUUCUUCCUCAGCAAUCUGUCUUUCAUUGAUGUCUGCCAUUCCACUGUCACUGUACCAAAGAUGCUGAGAGACACCUUCUCAGAAGAAAAGUUCAUCCCUUUUGAUGCCUGUGUGGUCCAGAUGUUCUUCCUCCACCUCUUUGCCUGCACAGAGAUCUUCCUGCUUACUGUCAUGGCCUAUGAUCGGUAUGUGGCCAUUUGUAAACCCUUGCAGUAUAUGACCAUAAUGAACUGGAAGGUGUGUAUGCUACUAGCAGGGGCCCUGUGGGCAGGGGGGACCAUCCACUCCAUCUCUCUCACCUCCCUCACCAUCAAUCUGCCCUACUGUGGUCCUGAUGAGAUUGACAACUUCUUCUGUGAUGUACCUCAGGUGAUCAAACUGGCUUGCACUGAUACCCACAUCAUUGAGAUUCUCAUUGUCUCCAACAGUGGGCUGAUCUCUGUGGUAUGUUUUGUGGUUCUUGUAGUGUCCUACGCAGUCAUCCUAGUGAGUCUAAGACAACAGAUCUCUGAGGGCAAGAGGAGAGCACUGUCUACCUGUGCAGCCCACCUCACCGUGGUCACACUGUUCCUGGGACACUGUAUCUUCAUCUACUCACGACCAUCAACCAGCCUUCCAGAAGACAAGGUUGUGUCUGUGUUUUUCACAGCUGUGACUCCUCUGCUGAACCCUAUAAUCUACACCCUUAGAAAUGAGGACAUGAAAAAUGCCUUGAACAAGUUAAUCAGGAAGAAAGAAAUAAAAGAAAAGUGAAAAUACUAAGCCCUUGGGAUUCUUGGUGAUCCAAAUCAAAGAAACAGCUAUAUAUUGUAUUUACCAGAUGAUGACCUGCAAUAUUGUCUUCUGGCCCUAUAUCUGACAAUCACAGUAACAGCUGAGAUUGGUAACAUCUUUCACUUUCUAGAAAUUGUCAUAGGCACUGGGAACUUACUUAACUCCCUCAACAGAGUAGACUACAUGCUAAUCUAACUACAAGGGAACAAAAGCUCACACUGAGCAAAUAGCAUGCUGAAAGCCACCCUGCUACAAAAUCACAGACAGGACUCAGAAGGCCCAAAUGUAGCUUAGGACAGAAUGUGUACUCGGCACAUAGCAGGCCCUGGGUUCA